GGGGGGAGGGGAAGCAAAGAUUAGUCUGCAGGCUCUCUGAUAUUUUGUAUUGGCAGCCCAGGACGUUGGAGGUUUAGAGUGUGAGCAAUUUAAUCUGUGAUUGCUUUAGUAAAUGCACUUUUGACUGUAGACGGUGUCCCAUUUUGGUAAGAGAGGAUACUUUUGUUUUUGUUAUCGGAUCUUGUCCUCUGCAAUUUUUUGGUGCCACAAGAAGACCACAUUAACACAUGCAAAAAUAUUAGAAGGACUACAUAGACAGAUGUUAGAUGUAACUCUGAUGUUAUCUAGUAAUGGCAUUACAGCAACGAAUUUGGAAUCCUACAUGGUCAGAGCAAAGAGACGAAAUAAGCCAUGAGGUUUGGAAAGAUGAUGUUCACGGUACUGAGCAAACCAUUGGUUUUGGUGUGAAGAAUGCAGUUCUCUUCCCCACGGAAGUAGAGAAAGGAAUGUGGCCAGAAGACUAUUCUCUUUCAGAUCAUGCCCGUCUUACCGUGGUGUUUUCACCUGUUAGAAUGCCAUGUUCUCGGUUGAUGGCCUGACAUUCCUUUCUUGGGUGCCCAUCACUUGGAUGCAGCAUUUAUAAAAGAAGAAACAAGGAAAGCCAGUGAUUGGUGAAAGAUUCGAAAUUUGGUUGAUGGACUAUUCCAUUCACAAGCAGCGGUGAAGAACAUUUUUUUAUCCUAAUGCAGAUGUGACUGGUUAUUCUUCCACCUUGCUACAAUGGGAGUUGAUAGCCUACUUCUUUGCAGCACCUAGACGGAAGCUCGGCCUCUCAACCGAUAACUGUCAGCAGACGAUGCAGUUGGUGUGGCUAUCUCAUUUAACCUGUCUUGUUUUUAGGCUUCUGCCUUAGAAAAGGAGUAUAAAGUAAAAGGGAACACAGAGGACUAAAAAAUUGUAGACAUUGUACUAUGGAGCUUAGUCGCAAUCCCCUUCGGUAAUAGAAUAAGCUUUUCCUUUGAAGAGUUCGUUGUAUUUCUGAACGUUCAGUCUCACGUUUUUGGAAUGGUGAACAUGAUGUGUUUAUGUA